AUAUAAUAUCAUGUUAGCCAUUAAACAUAGCAUUUCAAAAAAAAAUUGCAUACAACUUGCACUUACUCAACAGCGUUGGAUUUCCAAGACAUUAUCACACAGAGAAGAAAAAAAGAAAGCUUCUGACCAAUUCAGUGGUAUAUUGACGGCUCUUGGGACUCAAAAAGAUAAGCUCAACAAUAAUGAAUUCUCUAAUGUCUCAUCGGUUAAAACAUCAACUUCAGAAAAGCCUGCUACACUUGGUGAAUUCAUCGUUACAUUGCAACAAGCAGGUCAGUCUCCACAUCAAAUCUACAUUAACGCGUCUAACAAUAAUACCAUAAUUACAUUGACAAGACCCAAUGGAGCACCCCUCUUGACAACGUCAGGUGGAUCAGCAGGCUUUAAGAAGGCAGCUCGCAGUGGUUAUGAGGCAGCACAUCAAGCUGCACUUCAGUUAUUGGAUAAAAUAAAUAGUAAAAACUUGCAAGUGCUAAACAUAAAUAUUGUGUUGAAAGGGUUUGGGCCAGGUCGUGAAGCUGCCUUUAAAGCACUUGUGAGUGGUGCAUUAUGGAAUGUUAAACGUAUUACAGAUGCUACACCUAUUCCUUUUGGAGGAUGUAGACCUAAAAAAGCCAGACGUCUUUAGAAAUAAAAAUAAAAUAAAAAAAAAAUUGUAUAUUUUUUAUUAUUGUAUAGAAUAAAUAUAUUAAAAAAUAACUAUUGA